ACAGAGUCCUGGUCCUGGACCCUCUCCCAGACCGGACCUGGUCUAUUCGCUGUACUCCUCAGACUCUGAGGACCAGGUCUCCAGUCUGCACCGAGGUCUGGACCAGUGUGCGGCUCUGCUCAGUGGGAUCCUUCAGGCAGAAAGGACAGGAUCAGCAGAACCCCCCAGGACUCCACUGAGAGGGACCACCCGGACCCGACAGACCACCUGUGUGGAGAAGAAGAACCUGAAGAAGUUCUCAACCAAACCAGGUCCAGGUCCUACCAGGACCAUGAAGUCCAGAGGAACCAGGUCCAGACUGUCCAGCACCCAGGGACAGGUGACGGUCAGGAACCCUCCAGCAGACCCGAGAAGACCAGAACCAGGUCCAACAAGACGCUCGGCUCCAGUGACCCGUAAAGUCUCUGCUCCAGCUUCAGACUCUGGACUGAAGCAGCGUCAAACACCAAGAACUGGUCCAGAGACGGAUGGAGACCAGGUUCCUGUUAGAGACACGGACGUCCAGGUGCCAACUGUGAGGACGGACCCUGGACGGGAGAGGACAGGUCCUGGACGGGAGAGGACAGGUCCUGGACGGGAGAGGACAGGUCCUGGACGGGAGAGGACAGGCAGCGUGGCAGAGAGGCUCCUCGGUCGUCUGGAGCAGAUGAUGUCCUCAAACCUUCAGACCGAACCAGAACCAUCGUCUGGACUAUAUCAAAACCGUCCCCGGUGCAGGUGUGAGGAGCAGGACAUCCUGUCCAACUCUAAAGAGGUGGUCCUGCAGGAGGAACUGAGCACGGCUCGCUGCAGACUGCUCCAGCUCCAGGACCAGGUCUCAGAACUACAGAAGGUCCUGCAGGACACACAGAGCCGCCUGAGGGACACAGAGACAGAGUUGGAGGAGACCAAACGUCAGCUGCAGCUGAGUGAGAGACAGCAGCAGGACACUUUGCAGGGGCUCUGUCAGACCUCAUCAGACUGUCCUCCGGUUCAGAACCUACCUAGACUCACAAAACAAACCGGUUCCAAAACAGAUCCAGCAGCACCCCCCUGUGACCGGAUCCAGCAGUACCUAAUGUCUCUGAGUCCGAUGGAACCCAUACAGAACCCUGAUCAGGCCCAGUCAGUGGACAUCCAGCCAUGGAGACAGUCCGGGGUGGACUCUGUGUGCUCUGACUGGACCACCAGGUCCAGCUGGACCUUCAACACCAGAGACCAGGAGGCAUUUGAAGAUGGUCUGGCUGCUCUGGACGCCAGCAUCGCCAGCCUGCAGAGAACCCUCCAACUGGACCUGAAGAACUGAACCCUCCAACUGGACCUGAAGAACUGAACCCUCCAACUGGACCUGAAGAACUGAACCCUCCAACUGGACCUGAAGAACUGAACCC